AUGAUCAUUCUGCACCACCUAAACAACUCCCGCUCACAGCGGAUUCUGUGGCUUCUCGAGGAGCUCGCGAUUCCAUACGAGAUCAAAUACUACCAGCGGGGGUCGGACCACCUCGCGCCGAAAGAGCUCAAAAGGGUGCACCCGCUCGGAAAGAGCCCGGUGAUUACCGAUACAGAGCGUAACAAGGUCAUCGCUGAAAGCGGCGUGAUUAUUAACUACCUGAUCAAGCACUACGGCAAUGGGCGCGGCCUGCCGAAGCACGGCGAGGAGGACAACGACCAGUACUGGGUGCAGUUCUCCGAGGCGAGUCUCAUGCCGCCCCUUGUCAUCAAGUAUGUGUUCUACGUGAUCCCUUCGCAGGCCCCGUUCUUUAUUCGCCCAAUCGUGAACAUGAUUGCGGCUAAGACGCAGCAGGCAUUCACCGAUCCGGAUAUCAAGACCAAGAUGGAAUUUACUGCCACCGAACUCGAAAAACGCAGCAGCGACGGAAUCGCUUGGCUCGCGGGCGGCGACAGCGCGGGGGGGCCGACAGCCGCCGACUUCCAAAUGCUCUACCCUCUCGAAACCGUCACGGGUGGACGCAUGGGCCGGGAUUCUGUACCGAAAUUGCUGUUUAACUGGGUAAAUAUGGUCCACGACCGCCCGGCCUACCGCCGCGCCCUCGAAAAGGGGGGGCCGUACGAUUAUUCGAAGCUCUAA